AUGACAAAACAUUUCUUACCAGAAAAUCCAAAUAACUUAGUGAAAAAUUGUUUACAAGGUUAUGCUGCCACCAACAGUCAUUUAUCAGUACUUUUAAAUGAAAAAGUUCUUUAUAACAACCAAGCUACUAGUGAUAGAGUUACUAUUAUUAGUGGUGGUGGUUCAGGUCAUGAACCUGGUUGGUCAGGUUUAGUUGGUAAUGGGAUGUUAACUUCUUGUGCUCAAGGUGAAGUGUUUGCAUCACCAAAUUUCAAGAAUAUUCAAGCUGCUGAAAAAGUUGUUCACAGUGAAAAAGGUACCAUUUUGAUCAUUACUAACUAUACUGGUGACAAUUUAUACUUCGGUAUGGCUCAACAAGAAUUAAUUGCCAGAUAUGGUGAAGAUAAAGUCAGAUUAAUCAGAUGUUCUGAUGAUGUCGCUAUUAAGAGAUCUACUAAUAGUUUAGUUGGUAGAAGAACUUUAGCUGGUUGUGGAAUUGUUAUCAAAAUGGUUGGUUCAGCUGCUUUAGAUACCAAAUAUAGUCUUGAAGAAUUAUACCAAUUAGGUGAAAAAGUUAAUGAAAACAUUGUUUCUAUAAAUGCUGGUUUAGAUCAUGUUCAUAUUCCAGGACAUGCAGCUGAUUCUAAUUACGGUAAAUUAGAACCAAAUGAAAUUGAAAUCGGUUUAGGUAUUCAUAAUGAACCAGGUUUCAAGAAGAUCCCAGAAAUCCCAAGUAAUGAAUCUUUAGUUACUUCAUUAUUAGAAUACUUAUUAAACAAAAAUGAUGAAGAAAGAAAUUACUUGAAAUACGAUAACGAUGAUAAAUUCAUCUUAUUAUUCAAUAACUUAGGUGGUUUACCAAUCAUUGAAGAAAAAGCUUUAUUAUUCGAAGCUGUUAAACAAUUAAAAGCUACUUAUGGUAUUACUCCUUACAGAGUUGUUUCAGGAACUUUUGUUACUUCAUUAAAUGCCCCAAUCUUCACCAUUACCUUAUUCAAUGUCACUAAAUCCACCAGUACCGUAUUUACUGAAGAAAAGAUCUUUGAGUUAUUCGAUUUACCAACCAACGCUACUAACUGGCCAAAUUACAUUUCAAGUGAUUUAAGUGAUUUUGAAUCCAGAGUUGUUACCAAAUUCGAACAUUACGAUGAUUUGGAAAUCACUUUCGAUAAAGAUAUUAAGAUCGAUCCUCAAGUUCUUUACAAUAUCUUAGAAACUGGAGCUAAGAACUUAAUCAAAUUUGAACCUCAAAUCACUGAAUGGGAUACCAAAAUGGGUGAUGGAGAUUGUGGUAAAAUGUUGGAAUUGGCUGCCAAUGGUACUUUAUUAGCUUUAAGUCAAGGUGUCAGUAAAGAUGGAUCAGUUUUAACUUGUUUAACCAGAAUCUUAUCUGUUUUAGCUAAUGAUAUGGGUGGUACUUUAGGUGCAAUUCUUUAUAUCUUUGUUAAAUCAUUUGUUAACAAUUUAAUCAAAUAUGCUGGUACUGAUUCUGAUGCUAAAGUUAUGGCUAAAUCUUUAACUAACGGUAUUGAAACCUUAAAGACUUUCACCAAAGCUAGAAUUGGUCACAGAACUGUUAUGGAUGUUUUAAUUCCAUUUGUUGAAUCAUACGCUAAAGAUUUAGAUAUUGAGAAAGCUAUUCAAGUUGCAGAAGAUUCUGCUGAAGGUACAAGAAAAUUAAGUCCAAAAUUAGGUAGAGCUACUUAUGUUGGUGGUUUAGAAGAUAAAAAGGAUUUCCCACCAGAUCCAGGUGCCUAUGGAGUUUAUCAAAUAAUUUUAGCAUUAAAACAUUUAAAUCAAUAG